AUCUAUGAGAUCAUUCACUUGACUGCCUCAAUUCUGAAUAUUUUUCCCCUUUUCCACUCCUGCUUCUUUGUGUUGCUCAACAUCUUCUUACUUAUACUCUAUUUUUGGCCUCUUCUUCCUUUAUUCCCUCCUCUUCUUUCCCCUCCUUUUUGUCUUCAUCUUCUUACACCAUCUCUCCCUCCCGCCAUGCUCUGCUAUGCUGUCGAGUGCUGACCCUCAAACCUCACAUUAGCAGAGUUUCGUGUUUUUUCCAGCCUCUCUUCGUGUCCCGAUCCCAGCCCUGUCACUCCUGUAAUCUCCUGAGCCAGGUCCGCCGGUGCGCCCAGUGCUUGUGUGCGACAAGGGCUGUGUGUGGUAGCCUGGUACAGCCUUUUCUCAUGACUGGGGAAUAAUCCUCAUUAGAACACUCUCCGAGCCUUUCUCACACACACUCUGCACACAUAUGCUUUAACACAUAGGCAUGCACGCGCAGACACCACACACACACUCACACUCACACACAUUUGUUACCCUGAUCUGUGGCUCUCAGGUCUAGUGAAGAAAGUCUUUCAGCCCGAGUAGCGAAACAUGUGAAAAAUUGGAGAGGACUUGUUCUUCUCAUCUUCUGUUUCAGGGGCUUUCAUCUCAAGGACAUCAACAUGCUUUGGCUACGCGCAGGUCAUGAUAUUAUCAGUUCUCUGGAGCCAGCCAACAUUGACACCAGUAUCCUGGAAGAGUACAUCAGCAAGGAGGACGAUAGCACUGACAUCUGUUUCUCAGAGGUCCACAGCACCCCAGGACCAAAUUACUCAUCUCCCCAGGCAGGAGUGUCCUCCUCUGGGGGGUUGGUGUGUGGUGUGAGCCCUCCUAUUCCACUUCGCCAAGGAGCGCCUCCGCCUGGGCCUCCUAACUGUCAGAACGCCUACCCCCCAGGUCCAUCCCUGGGCCUCCGACAGAACUACCUCUGUCUGGGGCAGCAGCAGCAACAGCAGCAGCAGGAGCAACACCAGCACCAACACCAACACCAGCAGCAGCAGCAGCAGCAGCAGCAGGAGCAGCAGCAGGAGCAGCAGGCGCACGUCACGCCUGAGCAUAGGGGCCACUACGCCCCGGGGACACUACCUGAGUCCCCUCCAGACUCCAGCUCAGAGCCGUACUCUCCUCAGCAGGUGAAUGAUCCUCACAUGAUCAGGACCAUGACACCAGAGAACAUGUGUCACAUGACUCCAACGCCACCCCUCCCACCACACGAGCACUAUCCCAGCAUGCAUCGGGACAUGUACCUGAAGCCUGAGCCCAUGAUAUCACAGUAUUCUAUUGGUCAAGCGACAAGCGGAAGUGGAGACUUGCAGCAGAAUCAGAUGCUCCAUCAGAUGCUGCAGCUUCCUCAGGGGCAGGACAACAUCCCCGCUCACCAGGCGAAGAAGAGGAAGCACUCGGACUCUCCAAACAGCACCCUCAAUUGCCAAAUCAUCACAGGUAUCAUCAAACAAGAACCAGGUUUAAUGCAGGAUGCAGACAACUCCUACAUGGACCCAAACUAUCAGUGCAUCAAGUGGCAGCCUCACCAGCAGAACAAGUGGACAACACUGUAUGACGUCAACUGCAAAGAGCUUCCAAUGCCAACCUACCGGGUCGAUGCUGACAAGGGCUUCAACUUCUCCUUGGCUGAUGAUGCUUUUGUUUGCCAGAAGAAGAAUCAUUUCCAGGUCACAGUAUAUGUAGGCAUGCUGGGAGACCCCAAGUACAUCAAGACAAGUGACGGCCUGCAGCCCAUCGACUGCUUCUAUCUCAAACUCAACGGAGUAAAGGUGCGCAGAGCAGGAAAAAUGGUGGAGGCGGUGAAUCAGUCUAUCAGUGUGGAGCAGUCUCAGUCUGACCGCAGCAAGAGACCCUUUAAGCCGGUGAUGAUCACCCUGCCCUCAGAGCAGGUCACAAAGGUCACAGUGGGACGUCUCCACUUCAGUGAGACCACGGCUAAUAACAUGAGAAAGAAGGGCAAACCCAACCCUGACCAAAGGUAUUUCAUGUUGGUAGUGGCGCUGCAAGCUCAGUCCCACAGUCAGAGCUACACUGUGGCUGCUCAAGCGUCUGAGAGGAUCAUCGUCAGGGUAACGUCUGGCCAUGCAUCCAACCCAGGCCAGUUUGAAAGUGACAGCGAGGUGCUGUGGCAGCGUGGCCAGCUGCCAGACUCGGUCUACCACCAAGGGAGAGUCGGCAUCAACACCGACCGGCCGGACGAAGCCAUGGUUAUCCAUGGCAACCUGAAGGUCAUGGGCUCACUGGUCCACCCGUCUGACAUCAGGGCCAAAGAAAAUGUCCAGGAGGUCAACACGACAGACAAUUUGAAACGGAUUUCUCAGAUGAGGCUGGUCCAUUAUCAAUACAAGCCUGAGUUUGCUGCCUCCGUGGGCAUAGAGAGAACUGCAGAGACUGGAGUGAUCGCUCAAGAUCUUCAGCGAAUCUUGCCUGAAGCAGUGAAGGAGGGGGGUGAUAUCGUGUUCGCCAACGGAGAAAUUAUCCCCAAGCUGUUGGUGGUCAACAAGGACCGCAUCUUCAUGGAGAACGUGGGAGCGGUGAAGGAGCUGUGCAAGCUGACAGACAACCUGGAGACUCGUAUCGACGAACUGGAGCGCUGGAGCCGCAAACUGGCCAAGCUGCGUCGCCUCGACAGCAUGAAGAGCACUGUGAGUGGAAGCACUGUCAGCCAAUCGGGGAGUUAUUUCAGCAGGACAGGAAGUGUCCCACUCGGGAAGAAGACAGUCAAACCUGGAAGCAAGAGUUCUGCUCCAGAUCCAGGCUGCAUCAGCCAGAGGUUCAUGCAGGGAACCAUCUUGGCUCUGGUCAUCGUCAUGGUCUUCAGUGUCAUCUCCAUGUCCGUCCUUUAUGUGUUGACUCUUCACCAUAGAGGAGACGUCACAGACAAAGAUGGGUCCAGAGCUGCACUGGGAUCCUCACACAAGAGUUUAUAUCCUCCAUUGUCCACCACCCCUGCACCAGCUUUUUCAACUACAGCCAUAAACAACCAAUCAGCUACAGGUGUGACAUUGAGUAACAACCAAUCCACACCAGAUUUAGGCAGCCCGGUUCCCACAACAGGACUUAUUAAUAAGAAGGCCAAGUCCAGACCAAUGGACAAAGACAUCCGCAAUAGAAACCGUCUGAGUCACACCUCAGCACCUUUGUUCUUUGCCAAGUCCAAGAGGCCAACGACGACAGACCUGGGCGAAGUGGGAGCUACCAACCGUCUGCCUCCAGGUCAGCCGCCACUGACCCGCAGACAGCGCAGCCUACACACAAAGGGAGGAAGGUCAGCUCCCGCUCUGACUGGUCUACGUAUCAUGGAGACAAACCAAGAGAUUUCAGCAAACAAUUGCGCCACACCUGAAAGCUGCAGCUUCACAGUAUCACUCCAUGGAAACAGAAAUUCCUCCAAAUCACAGAUAACUUUGCACAUGAUGUCCACGAACAGCGUAUGGGUUCGACAAUGUGGAGCCACCAAGGGACGCUUAUGCCCCCACCACACAGAGAGAGAGCUCUACGGGGGACAGACUUCAUCAACAAAGGGGACUCAUCACCUGUGGUCUGUGCCCUUGUUGUCCUUCCAGGACAUCACCUAUCACUUCCGUGUCUCUCUGUCUAGUGAAGUGAGCUGUGCCACUGAAGGAGAAACCUCUUCCUACUCCGACUACCACUUUCUCAUUCAAAGCAGCUGUGUUUGAGAAGGAAGACGAUGUGUCCCAGGGCCGCUACGAUGCACCACCUUUUCCCUUUGUGGUUCCAUGUGUACGCUGUUGUGAUGGGAUACGGUUGUCUCAUUAUUGUACAUUAUUUUUUAAAGAUAUUCAAACAGAACAAGCUAUAUACCACUGUCCCUACUGCAAUCCCCUCCAUAUGUCUAUGCAUUGGGCCAUCUCUUUUUGCUGUGAUCACUGGAUUUAUUUUUUCUGUCACUGAAAAUGUUUUAGAUCACUGUAAUUGACGACCAUGUUGUGUCACUGUUGACUGAGUCGAUACGUUUUAAUCUCAUUUAAUUGAUCAUCCCCAAGUCUAUACUCAAUACAAGCCACACUUACUUUUCAACAUAAUCAAGUUUCUAAAUGAAGCCCAGGCUAAGAUACUUUAGAUGACUCUGCACACAUUUAUGACGCUUUUUUCAAUUCAAUGAAUCUGCAUGUACACUGAAUCCAGUGUCAAGUGAAAACAAAAACACUUUUUAUACACUGUAGAGAAUAUCAUUGACUUCUGCUGAAAGCUUCAGUGAAUGGUUGCAACUUGCACUGAAUAUAUACCUCAGUAGUGCACACUGGCAAACCCUGGGUCUCUACAGUGGAGCAUUGUGUUUGAGGCUGCUGCAGUCGACCGACUGUCUGCCGUCUCUUCAUGCAACAUCUGACUAAACACGACACAGAGAAGGAAAUGCUGUGCGGGGUUUCUUUCUCAAUUGUGACAUUGAAUUAAACACCAAACUGUUACAUUACAUGGUCACGCAUAUGCAUACUAUAUCACAGAAAGCCUUAUUAUUAUUGUUCCUAAAAUGAAGUCAUACUAAUUUCAGCAGAUUCACUGGAAGACAUGCGAUAAGACUGGAUAAUUAAACAAAUCACUGGAAAUUAAAAUGUAGAAACACUGAUGGUUCUUAGCAUCUGAUAGUGGAAAUGCAACUAGUCCUACUGACAAUAUUUCAAGAAACACUGGAAUAGCUCACACUGUAUUUUGCUUACUGGACAUAAUGCUGGCAAAGCAGUACAUGGCAUAAAUCAUUUCAGGUGCAUGCCCAAUCAUUUCUUUAAAUUGAUACAUCUCAGCUCAGAGGCAACUUAAGGGCUGCUUUAGCGAUGGAAAUUCUAUUCUAAUGGCUCGAUCAAGCUGAGAGGGAGAUGCAUUUACUUACGCACACUGCAGAGUUAUAAUUGGAUAUUAUACACUGGACUGUUUUGUGUAUUUCACUGGAUGUUUUGAAUACUUUUUCUUGUGCCUAUACAAUUAAGAAUAUGCAGCGAUAACAUCGUGAGUGUAACUGAUUUGUAUGAUGUUUCCUUUUUUAUUAUCUUUUCUUCUUUAAGUUUCACUUACUCUCACCACCAUGCUCUUGUUACUUUUGUUAAAAUUGGUUGUCAAAUCCAUAUUACAUAUGUUUCUGUAUUCAGAAGGAAAGAGCAUAACAGUGUAUCUCAAAUGUAAAAUCAAUAUUAAAUAGGAAACAGCCAUCAGACAAAGGUUUAUGGAAUUUAGCAUAAUAUUAAGAAACUGUACAAUGCUUUCAGUAAAAGUAUGAUGACUUCAGUGGGUAUAGUGAACUAUUUUAGCUUAUUUAUAACGCACCAGCUAGCAUACUGAAACCACUGUAGCACUUUUUGCACUGUAUAUACAAACUGCUUUUGCUCGAUCCAGUGCACCAGACUGUUUUCAAUACUCUGGUAGAACUGCAUUACAUGUAACUGUAAAGCUUCAUUUUGUUACUACCAACGCUACUUUUUAUCUGAUAUGUUUUAUCAUUUUUUUUUAUAGUUGAUAUUUUUGUGGGUUGUUGUAUUGUUGAUAAUAUAUUAACUUUUUGCGAAUGAAGCCCAGAAAUGAUUGACCAGCAAGUACACAAACACACACACACACACACGUCCCACACACACGCACAUACUCUUUCUCUCACACACACACGCACACACACACCAAUUACAUUUCUAAUUGUAGCACUAUUUGUCAUGAUAAAAUGCCAUAACACUAAAACUUGAGUCCUUUAAUAUCACUACUUUAUCUUUUUUGCCCAUUUUAUCAUUACAUUUUCAAAGCUUUAUGUGAAAAUAUAAAAAAAUGCCCUGUAAUACGAUGUAAAUGCAUGUCGUAAAUACAUUUGUGAUUGGA